UCAUCGAGGUCUGUUCUUCCACGAAACAGAGAGAAACAGAGUAAACGAAAAUGGCGACUCUUUCAAAUUCAUUAUUCCUCGUCCUUCUCCUCGCCGCUCUCCGAUGGACUCCAACUCUCAACGCAAAGAAACCCCUAAUUUCCCGACACGAUUCCCAGAAGCAAACCGUCACCAACAUCCAAUUCUACUUCCACGACACCCCCAGCGGCAACACCCCCUCCGCCAUUAAGGUGGCAGAGGCCCCCUCCUCCACCAACUCACCGACCCUCUUCGGCAACGUCUUCAUCGCCGACGACCCAUUGACCGAAACGCCGGACCCAAAAUCCAAGGAGGUCGGCAGGGCACAGGGGCUGUAUGCGAUGGCCUCGCAGCAGGAGCUGGCCCUGCUCAUGACACUGACCUAUCAAUUCACCGCCGGCGAGUUCAACGGCAGCUCCAUUGUCAUUGUCGGGAAGAAUUCCGUGAUGCAUAAAGUCCGUGAGCUGCCGGUGGUCGGAGGGACGGGCGUUUUCCGGUUCGCUCGCGGGUAUGCUCUGGCCAGCACUUAUUCGUUCAACACCGUUGGAGAUGCCAUUGUGGGUUAUAAUGUAACCGUUAUACACUAAGAAAAGUGACCGGGUGGGCCGGUUGUUGCCCAAUAAUUGUGUGUGUCUUUCAUUUGCUCUAUACAUGUAGUCCUAUCACUAUAUAUGUUUGGUUCAAAUAUCGAACGCUACACCCUUUUGAGCGAUUCGUUCGAGUUUACGAU